AUGGAUAAUGAAGAUGAAACAACCAGUUUAUUGAGAAAGAAGGAGAAAUCCAGGCUAACAAGAAAUCUGAUAGGAUUUUGGCUGUUGGGCCUGACAAAUAACUUUGGUUACGUCAUCAUGCUGUCAGGUGCUCACGACAUGCUCACACCUUUCAAUGCAACUACAGCCAAUGCGUCCAACGAAGUUAACCGAACUGGUUCACUCGUCGAAGAUUGCAAUCCCGUCGGGACUGGAGCGGUUUUACUAGCUGACAUCAUACCCGCUCUGUUGGUCAAAUUAAUGGCUCCAGUUGUCCUCCAGAAAAUUCCAUAUGUGUUCCGUAUAUGUGCCGUAUUAUUGUUCGGCGUGGCCAGUUUCGUGCUGGCCUCCUUUGGGGGCAGCGAACACGUCUACGUGUUAAACGUCAUUGCGACAUGGAGUAGCGGAACGGGUGCAGCCGGCCUGCUGGGGUCAACGUCUUACGCGGGGCUGACCUCCCUGGGGUUGACCCCAAAGGUCACGCUUCUGAUAAUGAUUGUCGUUCCUUGUUUGAUGGCUUGCAGUUAUUUCCUCCUCUUGGUAUCACCGAAGCCAGGUUUACUCACAUCACCAUCAUCAGUCUGCUGUCGUAGAAACCACCUGAGAGAUGAUGAAGAUGAUGAUGGAAGAGCUGCUCGUCCAGAUGGAGAAGUGGGGUUUGCCGGCUGCAAUAACAACGAUGGUCAUGAUGGUGAUGAUGAUGGUGGUGGGGGUGGUGGAAGUGCUGAUGAUGAUGAUGGUGGUAAUAAUAAUAAUAAUCCCGGUGAAAAAACAGCAAUGCAAAAGAUUAAAUCACUCAAGCCAAUAUUGAAGUACGUGGCACCAUUAUUCUUUGUCUACCUGAUUGAGUAUAUUAUUAACCAAGCCCUGUACGAGUUGAUAAUUUUCAAAAACAGUUGGCUAGCUAUUCCGCAGCAGUACAGAUGGUACCUUGUUUUGUACCAGGUUGGUGUCUUCAUUUCGAGGUCAUCCGUCAACUUCAUUCACAUUCCAAUCGUUUGGGUUUUCCCAAUUCUCCAGUUUGCGGUACUGGUGUUGCUAUCCUGUCAGGUGUUUUUCCACUACAUAGCCUACAUCUUCAUCGUCUUCGUCAUCAUCGUCUUCGAAGGCCUCUUCAGCGGUGGAGCCUACGUUAAUGCAUUCUAUGCUAUCCUCCAUACUCCGCAGGUCCCACAAGAAGACAAGGAACUUUGCAUGAGCGUUACGUGCGUCAGCGAUUCUUGCGGUAUCGCCCUGGCCGGUGUCCUAGCCAUCCCUAUUCAUAAUUAUAUUUGUAGUCUUUGACUCUACGACAGCAGCGAAAACAAUUUCCGGUUUUAUAAUUUGUUUGACUUAUCUAUAGUCUUUGUUACCAUCUAUUUUAAUUAUCUGUACUCUAUGACGUCACAACAACGGCGUCAGUUGACGGAUUCAUAAUUUGUUUGAAUUAUUUAUAAUCUUUGAUACCAAAUGCACAUGAUUUUUAAAUUAUUUAUUAUCUUUUACCAACAGCAGUAAUAAAAGUUUAAUUUCAGGAUUCUAAUUAUACUAUUUGUUAUACACAGCUGUGAUGAUGCUAUUAUAUAUGCUUUAAUUGAUAAAUUGCGCUAUAAAAAUGUAUUUUUUGAUCUGUUAUAUCUAAUUAAUUAAUUGGUUUUUACCGCAUUACUAGUAUGAUCGUAAAUUCAUUCUUUUAUGUAGAGCUUUAUUCUUUGAAUUUUGAAUUAACCUCGACGCUAAUUAUCCAUAAUAAUUAAAAAAAUAAUAAUUAUUAGUAUCAUUUACAUUGUUAUUAUAUCUUACUUUUUUGUCGUUUAUUCGUCUUUUACUUUGAAAUUUGAUCUAAACUUCAAACUCUGACCAAAACUGGACCGAUUAAUUCAAUAUUAAUUAUCAUAAACUAUUAUAUUUCAUUAUUAUAUAUAUUGUUCAUUUUCCUUAUAAUUAUAGGCUUUAUUUACUAUAUUUACACACACACAUUCAUUUGAAAUUCUUCAUAAAUUCACAUAUAUUUCGUUUAUCGUCUUCAAUAACUCUAAUUUUUAAUGCAUUUGUUUAAUAUUUUAUGUAUAUUAUAUACAAAAAAUAUUUUUGUAUUUUGUUAAAUAUGAAAGUUUACACAUAUACGCUAAACACUUACAUAAUUUGUUCAUUUAUUUAUAUUACAGUAAAAACAUUAAAACAUAUAAAUUUGUAUCUGCCUGUUUGUGUGUCUGGUUGUAUGUGUUUGUGUGUGCGAUUAUGUUCAGUUCACUUUGCACAAGUUUUCGUCUCUGACGUCAAUAUAAUCUGUUAAUUUCUUAUUUUAUAAACAUCUUUUAUUAAAGAGUAAUUAAU